AUGCGGUUCGCCGCCGGUUUCUACAACUUUGUUCUCGUGGAAAGUGCCCUCUCUCUUUCUGCCCUUUACAAGUAUUUAAAGCCAUAUCCUUUCCGCGCGCUUCUCAGGCUCACUUUUGCCGCCGCAGCAUUGGCGCCGUGGGGAUGCGCAGUCAACCAUUGCCUCAAUGAGGACUUCCCGUGCAAUUGGGUGGCGGGCUGUGGCAUCCCAGCUGGACUUUCCCGAACAAGUCUUGCUUGCUUGCGAGGCUGCAUCGACCACGACGAAAUGCUCAGGACAGCGGGCUACGGAGACACGACUUGCCCUGAUGUCAUCUCAAAGUUCGGAUGUCAAGGCUUGUGGGCUCCAAUCUCCGAGUUUUGCCCAGUCUCCUGUUCGACAGCAGAAUGCCCCUACCGCUGCAAUCGCGAUGAAGUGGCCAGCGUGGACCAGAAGAGGUGCUGGCAGAGAGUGGAAGACGAUGGCGUCAGCUGUGUAGAUGCCAUCCGCUCUGGUCAGGACUGUCACUGUAAAUGUGCGAGCAUUUACUUCACUCAGAGCGGCGUGCAGGGACGUGCAAACGGAGGUGCUUUUCAGAUCAGUGAUAUGGUGGAUGGAGUGCCUCUUGCUGUGAAUCGAAAGGCAUUUGCGGGACGUAUGUUCACCAUCGAUUUCACUGGUGAACGAAUGCGUGCGGAAGACCCUGGCAAUUCGCAAGGACCUCGAAUGAAAAUCCUCAGAGAAGGUGAUGUCUGCAGCAGAGAUCCGCUGCCAGCCAACUUGACUGGCAUCGAGUGCCGACAGCCGAGCCAAUCUGGACUGUUUACAGGCUGGGUAUGCACGACACCGCCCUCCAUGGCCACCGAAUUCUUGCACCGCUGGGGUGGCAUAACCGUGAAUGCAUGUGGGAAGUUCCAGCUGUGCCACUGCAACCGGAUGUGUGACAUUGCGGCCAAUUGGGUCCGUGCAGGCAACCUGGAGGUGGAGCCGGUUCUCACUUGGGGCAGUAUGGACCAACCACUUCCUGGUUGCGAUGCAUACAUUCCAACCUUGCCACCGCCACCUGACCCCGUCGAGCCUGUGGAGAUACUACAAAAGUCUAUUGUCACCAUCUACGUCAGCAUUGACGGCGGUCUGCAGCCACAAGACGUCGUGUUCUCGGCGAUCGCGGCGGCUUUUGCAAGUUACACAUCGAUCAGGUCAAACCUGCUCGGCAAGGUGGUUCCGGAAACAAACGAUGUCGAGAUAGAGGACUUCGACCGCCCCUUUCGCAGGCUGCACACUGUCAGGAGGGCCGCAGAGUGUGCAGACGACGAUGCGGAAUUCGUGGCCAAGUCCAGCUUGGGGGUGACCAGCUGCGCAGAGGCCUUGACGGCUCUAGGAAACCUGGAUCUACUCUGCUCUGACGAAAGUCUACAAGCAGCAGCCACCCAGGUGCCUCGUGUGGUGGAGUCGAUCUACAGCCCCGGAGCAGCUUCCAAUGGCAGCCCUGGGCUGGCAGGCGCGGACGUCUCCAACUGGGUGACAAGCGCUGCCUUGGCGACCGUGGCAGCUGUGUCUCUCUACAGAGCCAUGAGAAAGCGGAACUGGUCUCGAGUAAGCCUUGGACCAAAUGGUGGCUGCUUCUACGAGUACAAGUUUCGCGCCAAACCUGGUGCCAAGUACAGGUAUCGCUUCUCAACAGACGUCUAUACUCCAGAGUGGGGCCACUUUCCAAACGAAGAGAAGGGCCGCCUGAUCCGCUACGGCCAGCUCCUGAACAAGGGCACUGUGAGAAUGCCGAUGGCUGACACCGACGAUGACAACGAUGGUUGGGGGCUGUUGGGCGGUGCAUCUAGUGACGGUGCUGCUGGAGCACUUCUGUUGGAUUGCGACGGCACGCUAGCCGAAACAGAGCGAGAUGGGCACCGUGUUGCGUUCAACAAAGCCUUCGAAGAGAAGGGCUUUGACGUUGAGUGGGAUGUUGAUCUUUAUGGAGAUUUGUUGACCACUGGUGGUGGAAAGGAGCGAAUGACCCGGUACUUCAAGGAAGUCAACCCUGAUGCCUGGAGCUUUGCAGACGAGCCCUCGCCCGACAACCCUGUCAUCAUGGAGCUGCACGAGUUGAAGACGCAGAUUUUCAUGGAUAUCGUGAAAUCAGGUGAGCUCCCCCUGCGUGAGGGUAUCAAGGAGCUGAUCUCUGCGGCCGAUGCUGCAGGCUGGCAGUUGGCCGUGUGCUCAACGAGCAACGAGGCCUCUGUUCGAGCAGUGGUGGAGACAAUGCUGCCCGAUUUCGCAGACAAGAUCAAAAUCUUUGCUGGAGACGUGGUUGCUGCCAAGAAACCGGAUCCGGCCAUCUACAAACUGGCUGCUCAAGAGCUCGGUGUUGCACCAAUGCGGUGCGUUGUGGUGGAGGAUACCGGCAUCGGAGCACAAGCCGGCUCGGCAGCCAACAUGAAGGUCGUUGUCACCAAGAGCGUCUACUCGGCCAAGGAGUUUUUCGGCGAUGCUGAUGCGGUGGUCGAGAGCGCCAGCGAACUCGACUUCGAGAAGGAAUGUGUAUGUACGGGCGGUGAGCACUCCAAGAGUCUUUUUGCUUUGGUGCAGGACAUCGCCUCGAAAAAGCGCGUGCUGCUGGGUCUGCCAGUGAAGUACUUGUAUUUUUCUGUUGGUCAGCUCGAGAAGUCUUCCAGGGAGUGCGUUGCUUGCGAAGCAGGCCUUCUGAAUGCCAUCCGCAUCCGUGUCUCCUGCCCCCUGCAGCAAUGGCGGAGACAUCCAUGGCAGCGGGUGGCAGAAAGGGUUUGGCGCCAAGGAAAGCGAGCGGACACGCCCGUAAAAGUCGGUGAAGUUGACGAGAACGUCUUCCGGCUGCAGUCAAGGUACAAAUCCCAGCACAUGUCAGCAGUGCACGAGUCGAAUUGGAGCGUCUUGGCUCCGGAGACCUAUCAGAAGAUGACAUCUGGAGUUCCCCAGGCUGGCUGA